GUGGUAUAGUGUUGUGACGAUUAAACAUUACAAUUGUUAUGAACUAAUGAUUUGUGGUAUUUUGAAUGUAGUGUAUUAAUUUGUGUUUGAAACUCAAUUAUUUUUAUAAUAUUGAGUAAAAUCAUAGUGUCUUUAUACCUGAUGGAUUGUUGUUUUAGUGUAUACACGUGUGAUCAAUACAACAAUAAUUAUUAUUAUCGUGCACGAUUCGUCGCUAAUGAGGAUUUCACGUAAAAUGAAGCGUCCGUAAAGGAGAACCGCAAUAUAGAGUCACAAAUAUCAGCCAAGAUGGAGGAACGGGACAAGGAUGAGGGGCCCGGCGUGCCCGACAUGACCAUGAUGCCACAGAUAACAGAACACGCCAUCAACGACAACCUCAAGCGGCGGUACAUCCACGACCUCAUAUACACCUACACAGGAUCAAUUUUAGUAGCAGUGAAUCCAUACAAAGAAUUAGGAUGUUACAACAUGGAGGAUAUGCAAAACUAUCGCGGCCGAGCCUUUGGGAGCCUGCCGCCGCAUGUUUUCGCCCUAGCCGAGUCGGCUUACAGUUCCUUGCAGAAUGGCGAAAAGAAUCAAUCUGUGGUGAUAUCUGGUGAGAGUGGUGCUGGAAAGACUGAGACCACCAAGCUGAUUCUGCAAUACCUCUGCGCCGCUGGUGGCCAAGCGUCUUGGGCAGAACAGCAGAUCCUUGAAGCCAAUACUGUUUUAGAAGCUUUUGGUAAUGCGAAGACCGUGCGUAAUGACAACUCUUCUCGUUUUGGAAAGUUCGUAGAAGUGAGAUUGGACCAUCGGGGUGGUAUCCGAGGCGCAGUGCUGCGAGACUUUCUGUUGGAACGCGCGAGGAUAACAGGCCCUGCCCCUAGAGAGACAAAUUACCACGUAUUCUAUCAGCUAGUUGAAGGCGCUAAGCAUAAUGCCGAACUUCGUACCACAUUGCGGCUUCGGGAUGGUGUUCACUUCAAGUACCUGAACCCAGAAGACGAGGAAGCUCGCAAAGGCAGGGGUGGUGAACAGGGCAAGCUAGAAGCACUGCAACUAGCGUUAACAGUAUUACAAGUUCCCUUACAUAUGUGUGAGGGACUCUUUAAGGUUCUUGCUGCGGUACUGUGGCUUGGGAACAUACAGUUUCAGGAUGUAGAUGGUGAACGGACAACAUUAGCACCGGAAGAUGCAGAAGCCGUAGAUGCUGUGGCAAAUUUGUUGGGACUCGCUCCGCUUACCGCCCAACGUGUUCUGCUAGAAAGACAAAUCAAUGUUAGAGGGAAUGUGACUGAUAUACCGCUGAGAUUGCCAGAGGCUAGAGAAAAUCGCCAUGCUAUGGCCCGGGCACUUUACGCCCGCACGUUUGCAUGGCUUGUCAGACACGUAAACAGCUGUUCAGCGCCAGGAAGGGAAGCAAGACGCGCUCUCGGAGUACUAGAUAUAUUUGGCUUUGAAAACUUUGCCGUGAACUCUCUAGAACAACUUUGCAUCAACUACGCUAACGAGAAACUCCAUAUGUUCUUCAAUAACUACGUUUUUGCUCUUGAACAGGAAAUUUAUCGCCAGGAAGGUAUCAAAUACCAUCAGAUACAAUUCACGGAUAACGCUGCAUGUUUAGAACUUUUGGAAAAACCACCGAGAAGCUUGCUCAAGUUACUUAGCGAACAGUGUCAUAUGCCAAAGGGAUCAGACAACGCCUACCUCACGAACAUCCAAGGCGAAUUCGGCGAACACCAAAGUUUCGUUAAAGGAUCCCGAAGGAAAUGGGAAGAAGAAUUCGGGGUGCAACACUACGCGGGUACUGUCACAUAUAGCGCGCAGGGAUUCGUCGAUAAGAACCGUGACACCCAGCAGGAUGCGUUUAUCGACCACCUCAGCAGAUCUGCGAACCCUUUUGUGAGGGAACUAGCUGACUAUGUGCAGGAUUUAGCGCCACCUGGACACGACACUUCUUUGUCAAGUCCCGGUUCAACGAGCACAACUCAAAGGGGAACAUCUAAAGGAAGGCCUACAGUAGUCGAUACUUUCAGAGCACAAUUGCAGUCGUUAGUUGACAUGCUGCAAGUCACUGAUGUGUGGUAUGUCCGCUGCAUUAAACCAAAUGAGAACAAAGUAGCCGGUAAAUACAACGACCAACUGGUUCUGGAACAACUCAGAUAUCUUGGAAUGAACGAAAUAGUUCGUAUCAGACGCGACGGUUUCCCCGUUCAUUUGCCAGCACCGAUGUUUCAAACUAGAUAUAGAUGUUUGCUGCCACAUCCUCGGCCUACCAACCCUGAUAUAGCAUAUAUAAUGGGAUUGGUGAAUGCGCCAACUAGUGAUUGGCAAAUAGGGCACACGAAGAUAUUCAUGAGAAGCUCAGUACACGGACCGCUCGAAGCUAAGAGAACAGCUCUACUGCAAUCAUCAGCGUUGCUGCUGCAAAAGUGGUAUAAGGGCUCAACAAAACGUCGCCAAUAUUUGCAAUGGCGCCGAGCGGCUAUAGUACUACAAGCUGCUUGGCGAGGAUGGUUCGACCGUGCGGCUUUCCUACGACUGCGCAGGGCUGCUCUAACACUCCAGAGGCAUUUACGAGGGGCUUUCGCGAGAGAAGUAGCUGCAGCCUUGAGGGAAAUGAAGAGAGUGAACCAGGAGAUCAAACUAAGAGAAGAGCGAAACAGCCUUGCAGAAAAAGCAGAGCAAGAGCGGGCGGAAUUGGAAAACAUGGCGGAUCAACUCCGAGGCAUUUCGUGUUCGGGCGCGAGAGCAGAGUCUGUCAAUCUGGACAAUCUGUUUGAUUUCCUAGCGGAUGUGCCCGCACAACGUGGAGCGCCCGACGGACAAUCACACCAACCUACUAUCGCGGAGAUUGGCGACUCUAUGGAACGACUUGCAGACGAUCUGCACCACGAGCUUGAAAACGUGCUAGCUGAAGAAAUAGAUGAGCUAAGCAAAGCGGACACUGAAUUCCAACGCAAACCCGAUGGUGCGCCAUCCGACGCAAUACCGCCGCCACCGCCCUCAACCCUUGCAUUACAAUCCAUUCUCCAACCCGCUACACCAGUUGGUUCUAUGACAUUAUCUAUGACAAACGGUGUUACGUCCAAUGGCGUGUCGCCCUCGGAUGUCAUGACGUCUUCGCUGACUAAUGGCGAUCUGAUGUCGUCAUCACUUGUGAUGCCUCCACCACCCAUAAUGGACCCGACAGUAGAAGAUUCUCCUAUAUUCCCACCUCCUCCGCCUUGCUCUUUGCCAGAACCAGCCGGACCACCGCCGCCCCCGCCUCCUAUCAAAGAUGCCACACCACCCGACCUUACAAACGGUAUAAUACCAAACGGAAAGGUGGCUGUAAUAAAAGACAAGGAGCCGAUAUACGAAUCGGUAAUUCCUCGACCAAACGGCGAACCUCUUCUGACGUCUCCGCCGCCACCACCGCCGUAUCCACCAGAGACUAACGGAUUUUUAUCGAAUAACGAAGAAGUGGAACCUGAAGCUCCCCUGCCGCCGUUGCCAAGCAACGUGACGUCACCCGUAAACCCCGAUGCGAUAUCGCCGAUUGGAAUGGAUUCUUGUAUCAGUCCACCUCCUACAAUGAAUGGUGAUCCUAAUAACUCAGAACGUAGCGCUCGCCGAAAAGAAAGAGUCGAACGCAGGCUUCACCAAUUAGAAACUCCAGCUCAGAAUACAGACGCUCCUGCAGAUUCUACAACUGAUCUCACUGAGUUUGCUAAACUGUACUUCAACGACCACCCACGGUCGCCCGAAGGUACAAUAAUGGCGACGCUUACACGGAAGAGCAAGUCAAUGGAGCUACUAACGAAGGAGGAAAUGAUAACAUACCAUAAAGGCAACAACAUACCCACCUCGCACAUACAUCUGCACGAUCCCGAUAGCGUAACCGCUGCUGUAAAUAUAUUUAGGGAUUUGUGUAGAUACAUGCGAGGUGAACUCACUGCAGAAAAGGAAACUCAGGUCAUUCAGUCGAUCAUAGGGAAGGGGUUAGAAAGGGAAGAGCUGCGGGACGAGAUAUUGGUACAAUGUGUCCGACAAAUAACAGAAUGUCCCGUUGAGGACUGGGCCGAGCGUGUAUGGCUCAUUCUCUGUCUUUGCGCGGUAGCCUGGCAACCCAGUCGCGGCUUAGCUCGAUAUUACUGUACCUGGUUACGCGCAAGAGCCCGGCCCGUAACCUCACCUGCGUCAACUGGGUCUGUGACGUCAGUGGCGUCUGUCACAAGCAGUGCCAGAGCUGCCCAUUGUGCCCAAUGGUGUUUGGAUAACUGCAGAGGAGCUACGCCGAGGCAGCUGCCACCCAGUACUGUGGAAAUUGCGGCUAUGCGUCGCCUAGGUACCAUCGUAUGCAGAUUCUUCUUCCUCGAUGGUCGCACUAAAGCUAUAGAUGUGCAUCCCGCGGACACAGCUGCUGCUGCCGCGGCCAGACUGGCUGACAAACUGGGCCUGGCUCCACAGGCUAGGGCUGGCUGGGCCGUGUACCAACAAAGGGCGGGCACUGAAGAGCAUGUCCGGGCAACGCAGUAUCUCUACGACGUUAUUGCUGCUUGGGAAAUGCAACAAGGACCUGGAGGUGGUUCGGCGGACAACCGUUUCGUAUUCAAGCGGAGACUGUUCAGAGGUGGAAGGGAAUUGCCUCAUGAUCCAGUUGAAGUUGCAUUACUCUACGCUCAGGCCGUUCAUAGCGUAGUUAAGAUGGACGAGUUCCCAGUGUCAGAAAAAGUGGCACUCCAAUUAGCUGGGUUACAAGCACAAGUGUCGCUGGGUGAACCGCCACCGAGUCCGCCUCCGCCUCAUACACGUGCUUACUACUCCCAUCCUGAUCAGUUCCUGCCUCCGAGAGUUGCGAAACAACGUGCCGCGCACCAAUGGGCAACUAUUCUAGCGCAAGCGCAUCGGCAAUACGGAGCGGGGCGAGCAGAACUUACCGCCAAGGCUCUAUACCUGUCUUGCGUUAUGCAGUAUCCGCUCUACGGAGUCACUCUAUUCCCUGUAACGUAUAAAGGAUAUUGGGCACAUGGUCCAAAUGUACUCCUAGGAGUGGGUGCAGAAGGUGUAGUGUUAGUUCGACCUGCAGACAAAGUGGUCCUAGCAGAAUACCCGUACAGUAACAUUGCUGCUAUAUUGAUGGACCCGGUGGAUAAUGGCCUGACACUUAGUCUGACUCAUCACGGCCAGCAUGAUGGACUAAGAUGCAUUGUACUAGAAUGUUCCCAAAAAGCUGAGGCGGCGUGGUUAAUGGCGGCAUACAGCCCCGCUUUAGGUGGCAGCCUUACCGAAGAAGCGCCUCGACGGGCCGCGCCAGCUGCUGAAAGGACUAGGCUUGCCAAUGCGUUGCGAGCUGCGAGACGCGCCCUUAUAGACUCCGCAUUACUAAGAAGGCCACAGGAUCUAUCAGCGGGCGGGUUCCUUAGAAACACGCUGAGAAGGCUCAGCAAACAUCGUCUCGAGCGCGUCCGAUUGGAUAUAACAGCGGAGACGCAGGGCGAAUGCUACAAGGGCUUCCCGUCUGGAUAUUGGUGCUGGGCGCGUAGUCUCCCGCACAGCCUCACUAAAUUGAACGAGGCCGAAGAAGUCGCUGCCAUGCAGAUAUUCAAGGAUAUAAUGAGUCACGCGGGAUUGAGCAGCAAUGAGGGUAGUACAACAAAUCUGGCUAACAACAACAGCGUUAGUAGCCAUGAGAGUGACAGUGAUGACCGUGUUGCGCUCGCGCAAGCAUUGUUGCAACGCUGCUUGCAAAAGGACACGUUACUUUGCGAGCUCUAUGCGCAACUCAUCAAGCAGACGACUGAACACCCAGAUCCAAGCUCUCGCGUAUCGGCGCGCCACUGGGCGUUGUUAUGUGCGGCAGUGGGUGCCGCAUUGCCACCUGCAAAGCCUUUGCGCCGCCUGCUACUGGCUCAUUUGCGGUACCGUGCUGCAGCGCUGCAAUCCGCUGAAGAGGGCAAGUUCGCGAGACGAGCGGAACAGGUGGCCUUAAGUAUAGCUCAAGUACCACGGCGACUGGCUGCACCUUCAAAGGAGGAACUUCUAUGUGCCGCGGCCCGUAGACCGAUGCAUGUACGCGUGUUAUUGCUUGACGGCAAACAACAUGGACUGGUGUUUGGGCCAGCCGCAACUGCUGACCAUCUAGUCGCCAUGUUAAGGGAUAAAAUUGGUCUCAAUGAUGCCGCUACUGGUUACGCGUUAUACGAAGUGUGCGCAAAUUCAAGCCCUGCGGGUGCGGGCGAACGAGCACUAGGUGGCUCUGAACGUGUGGGAGACGUGCUUGCCCGGUGGGAGAAGGCCGGGGCUACGGCUGCUGCUUGCAGGCUCGUGUUCAAAAAACGUCUUUUCCUUGGAGAAAGACCGCUUCAUACAGCGUGUGUGGCGGAAAUGGAACUGUUGUACUAUCAAGUUCUACACGCUGUGCGCCAUGACAGGCUGCCGAUCGAAACUGAUGAGGCGGUAAUGCUGGCAGCGUUACACGCCCAAGUAGUGAAAGGCGACUGUCUGGGCGGAGGCGAGGAAUGUUCCGCGGCUGCAGGGGCAGUCCUGCCAGCGAGAUUGGCCAAUCCUGCACUGCCCGCGCCUGCGGUGCGACUACACCAUCUCGCAUUACGCGGAACCGAACCGCACGCAGCAAUGCAACGAGCGCUCACACUCGCAUCGUCGUGGCCUCUCACGCGAGCCACUAUCUUCGAUGUUAUGCAAUCGUUUACGUCGAACUGGCCACGAGCUUUGUGGCUGGCAGUGGACGCGCGUGGACUCACGUUGCUACGCCGCGGCGCGAGAGCAGCCCUGGUUUCCCACGACCAUGACCAGUUGCUAGCUGUCUCUCCGGCCCCGCGGGCGUUGCUGCUUGUAACCAGAGCUGAUCGCAAACACGCUAAACUAGUGCUCUCUACUGAUCAGGCGUACCAGAUCGCGACGCUGAUCAAGGACUACAUCGAGGCGGUGCGCGGGCCCGUGUUCCCCGCAGUCCCGCAGCCCGCGCGCCCCGCGCACCCCGCGUCCUGACACCCGCCCGCCUAGUGCCAGUGCUUCCACGUCGCGCACGCGCACUAGUCGCGUCAGCGCACUAGUCGCACACGCAACACCCACGCGGUAAUGUGAGUGUAUAGGCGGGAAUGCUGCACGAAAUCCGACGACUAAUGACUAACCGCCGAAUAAUGUUACAUUAAUCGUUUAACGAGCUGGUCACGAGACACGCGACGCGACCGGCGAAGCGUCUAACCAUAUAAAUACAGAUUUUGUGGCGCGAUUUGUCCCGUGGCCAGCACGUUGGGCUAACUCGAAUAUAAGGUGACAGUUUUUAUGAUCUGUGACAUAGUAUGUAUAAUUUGUUACCUCGUGGUUUAGGCUGCUCUAAAUUAUGCAGUCAAAUUGAGCAGUCAAUGCAUGUCCACUAAAAGUUAUAACCGAUCGAUGAGGUUCUAACGGAUUCCGUCUGGAAACGAUCACAAUCCUAAUAAGUUUAGAUCAGUCCAGUGAAAAUCGAUCAUUAAUAAAUAUUACGCCUGCACAAAAAUACCUCAAAACCUGUUUAGGUAUACUUAUCACCUUAAAACUUUUGAUGCUAUCGGUAUUCGAAACGGAACUAUUAACAUUUAUAUUAUACAGCUUAAACUUAAAUGUAAGUAAUAUUUAACAUUAUUUAUUAUUCAUGUUUUAUAUUAGGCACUGGUGUUCAUUUUCAUAGGAUUUGAAUUCAACAAGAAUUUACGGUCAUUUCUAUUAAAAAUAAUAAAAAUAUCAAUACACGUAUAUUUUUUGAAGUCGCUCGGAUUUCGUAAGCAGCAUUGGGUAGUCAUUGAAUAUAGAAGUAAAUGUUGAUAUGAUAAUAUUUAUUAUGAUAUAUUAUGUAAAUUAUAUUAUAAAAAUGUAAUAUACAGGCGCGUAAGUUGAGGAAGGAUCAUAGUGGCGGUGUAAAACUUACUGUGCAAGCUAUGGCAAUACUUGGGCAGACCCAAAUACCAGUUUAAGUAACGGAAGACUCCGAACUAAGUCUAGUCUCAACUUACGGACUGACAACUGUACUAUUAUAACAGUUCAAAAUAUCAAUUAAAUGUGGCGUCUAUGAAUUAGUUAGCGAAAUCUCGAUGUUUAUAAAUCAGUCUACAUUUACUUCGGAAUGCAAAACAGUGAACAGUUUCCAAGUGGGGUUGGUCAAUAGUGUGGAUGGACGAUUUUCAGUUGCCAAGAGACGGGGAAGCAUAAAAAACAAUAGAAUAUUUUUGGUAGACUCAAAGUAAUCACAUAGCUCAGCAGUUUAAUCAAUAGAGGUAAUUUAUAUUCCGGUGUUGUAUGUCACAGGGCCUGUUUCACACUUUGUGCUCAAGUGAAUUGUCGAUGGUUUAAUUUAUUUUUAUUUAUACUAAACAGCUUCUGAAGCAAUUGUGCUUCCCAAAUACCGACUUCCGAUUCGGUAUUAACUUUUUCAUAUUAAGAAAGAGUCUUAAAAGUAAAAUAGGUAACUAUAAUUAAUCAUGUACUAAAAUAAUAAUAAUAAUAAGUAAAAUAAUAUCCUAGCAAUGCUAAGACUAUAGAACGAUUUUAAAGCAAUUACGUUAAAUUAGGAAAAUCCUGAAUAAGUUUUCCCUAAUUUCUUUUUAUUUAAUUUUUUUUCUACACGACCUAGAGAAUUUUACUAACUAAAAUUAACAGCACAAAGUGGCAAAACGGGCCCCCAAUAAAAUAUGUCAGUAUUAAUAAUAUAAACUAUAAUACGUGUUACAUGAGAAAUUCAUCACUAUAGUGUUAAAAGUGUUAAAAUUGUUAAGAUGUUUUUGAUGAUAGAUAGCGAUUGUAAUUCAAUCUUUUUCCCCUCUUAUUCGAUGGUUAACAAUUAAGGAGUCCUAUUCAAGCGGCAUUUUAACGUACGAAGUUACAAAUUCCACCUUAAAUAUAUGUGUUUAAGGUUUAUAAUCGAUAAAUAUCGUCGUAAUCGGAUUUCUCAAUUAUUAUAGAUUUUUACGAAUGAGAUUAGUAAGUGUUAAAAUGCCGCAGAACUUAUUUAGCACUAAGCCGACCCACUCUUAAUUCUAGACCUCUCCCUACACAAUAUUAUAAUUGUUUAGAAAUCCUAUAACAAAAUAGACUUUAUCCUGAUAGCUAUAAGAUAUUCAUAUCAACCUUAAGAAUUCCUAAUCUGUUAUUUCCUUCGCUUCGAAUCUUCCUGUACUGUUGAGUACGUAGCAGAGUAUAUACUUGUUUUGAAAUGUUUGCAGUGUCGUAUGUUUAUCCUAAAGUCUUGAUUUGUGCCUUGUAAGGCGGCGAUUGCGUUGCUGACGAAACUGAGCCUUGUCGUACGAAUUUGAACCUUACGAGCUGAUUAAAAGUUAUUCUUAAUUUCCACCUUUAUCUUCCGCAAUUUUUUUUUUUUUCCAUUGUAAUCCUACACCAGGAAUGAAAUGUGGAAAAUCAAUUAUUCUGAAUUCCUUUCUUUAUUUUCUUCAACCUUCUUUAUUCCAUACAAAAAAUCUUUAGUUCAGAAAGUAACAAAAUUUUUUAAUUAUGUAGAACACUUUUUUGCUUUUCCGCUUUGGAUAUGAUAGAAAGCCUAGCGGGCUAUGUGCAUAAGAACCUCCAACAUAAUUACCUUUUAUAGCAAAGCUUUGCGCUAAGUCCUGCAAGAGGAAAUUUAGGGAAGCGAGUUUUAAAAAUAAUGCGGGUUCCACACUCAUGCCUCUUACUAAGCAUUUUCGCCCGGUGAAACGAAACCUUAUGCCAACGUCCAUUAGGUCGCUGAAUCUAAUCACGUAUAUUCAUAUUACAAAAUGUCAAAAAUAAUAAAAAAUUAAAGAUUUGCAAUCGUCAAUAAUAAGAAUAAAAUAAUAAUCCUCAUAAAUAAAAGUAAUUAUAUUAUCAAGACAAUCUUUUAACAUCAUGUUAAAAUCAGAAUACUUACGAAACGAGAGUUAACGACCAUGAGUAAGGUUGCCGGCAUGCCGUAAUAUAACAUUUUAUUAGGACAAAGUUAAGACUGUUGAAACCACGGAGACUAAAUGUACUCGUUACGCUAAUGGUUGUAGAUAUAACUUCCCUGUCGGGUCGAAAUACAUAUUUUCCGUUAGUUAAAUAAUAUCGUAAGAAUCCAGGCCAGUUAGUCGGCAUACGUCAUCGCCCGCGUGUAUUCAGUGAGCCGAUUGUGCAAAUUAUUGUGACUAAAAAAAAUUAAAUGACUGUUCCAAAUAUAUCUUCUAAGCAUAUUAUUAUGUUGUAUUGCACAAUGUUAUGUCUCAAUAUUUUAUAACAAAAUACAUAUACGAUAAUUAUGUAGAUUUUACUGUAGUGAAGCAUUUUAUGCUUGGAAGUUAUGCUAAAAUAAAUAUUAAUUCUAUACAUAUAGAUAUCUUUAAAGUUUAGGCCUAUUCGGUGCUUAGGUAAUAAAUAAUCAUUGCUUAGUUUGUGUUUCUGAUCUCAUAUUGAGUAUUAUUUAUUUAGAUGCCAUAUUUCGUUAAGCACAAGCAAUAUUUGAUUAGGGUUUUUUUUUUAUUUAUUUUAUUUCUUAAUUGUGGUACUUUUGUAUAUAAUUGACAAACCAAAGACAAUGAAUCAUCCCUUUGGGUAUUUUUUAAUGAUUGACAAAUUUCGAAUAAAUUAAGUUAAUUCUUGUAUUAAUUGUACUCGAAUAUAUUAUAGUGUAUAUAUUUUUCGUCUUAUUUUAACAUUUUAAAAUAAUUAUAAAAGGAAUUUAAUAUGUAUUGGUUUGGACAUAACCUAAUGUAAAAUGUAUGAAACAUAACGCAAAAACUUUAUUUAACAACAAUACUUAAAUCGUUAUGAAAUAAUGCUCUGGGAACAAAUAUUUUGACAUAUUUUCAAAUAUAAUAAAUUAAUCUCCAUUCAUCAGAGAAAUACGAUCUACAUGAAAUUAAUUUGUUGAAAUUGUAUUAAUUCGUAAAAUUCAUAUUACUUAGCAUAGUUAGUAUUCUUUGCAUUAUCACGUGUCUUUUAAAGAGUUUCGAAAAAAAUUUUUUCCUGUACGUACGUUAUAUAUAUAUAUUUGCACAUUUUUGCGUCAAAUUUUUUGUAUGUGUUAGUUAUAUCCACUGACGCACACUACUCAAGACGUACAGAUCAGUGGAUAUUUCUUUACUAAGAGUGCACAAUUUAUUCAAUUUUGAAGUUCAUUUUACUAGCACCGUAGCACCAAACUUGUGAUUGUUGUAAUCCUAAAACAGGCAUAGCUUGUCAGGAACUGCCACCGCGCGUUUGUGCAACGCAUCGAGGUAUUAUAUACUAGUAAAAUUUGCCAGCCCUUUAGUCCCUAUAGGCACAGUUACAUCGUGCAACAAUUUCGUAAUUUUUAAUAAUUACGGCAUUCACUUUAAAAUACUCCCCCACAUCGAAUGCGACCAAUAAAAAUGCACUUCAAUAAUUAUUAUGAAAAAUAUUUUGAAAUAGUGGCGUGCACAUCAUACAUGUACAAAAGCACUGCCUACUACUAAUAUUCUUAUACCAACUCGAAUAGGAGGAUGAUUUUUUGCCAUAUAUGCAAUUUUCCUGCUGUAUGCAUACCGUGGUAAGAGACCGUACGUACCGCAGUUGACCCAAUCGAAUACUUCCUCCAAGUAUUGCAUUGAUAAACUAUCAAAUUUUGGAGCUACGGGAGGAUCAGCACUACAUUCUAAGAAAUAACAGUAAGUUUCGCUUUAUUUAAGACUUAAGAUUGUAUCGUUAUUGUAACCAACACUGUACAAGUCCAGUACACAGUCAACGGUCACAAACAAACUGCCCAAAUAGACUGAAGUGUCCA